GCUGAAGAUUACUGUUGAUCUCCAGUAGGGCAAAUAAAGGUGUUCGUGUUUAUGAAAGGUGUAGAGUGAUCCGCCAGUGAUCUCUGCGUCAGUGCGUUUUAUUGAUUCUUAUCCGAAGAGGAAAGACUCGACGCAACACACUACUAUUGUAACAGCAUCUGUCACCAUGUCUGAGAGUGAGAUUGAAACCAACAUUUCUAAAAAGGACCAUGCAGCAGCUUUGGCUAUGGAGCUCACUUGCCCCAUCUGCUUGCAGCUCUUCUCUGAGCCAGUUUCCCUUCCGUGUGGUCACAUCUACUGCUUUGCCUGCCUUCAGACCAUGGGAGAAGGCCUUGACCAAUACAGCUGCCCUGAGUGCCAGGCGGAGUACCAGGGAACCAAAGCCCUUGUGAAAAGCUUCAAAAUGUGUGACAUUGUAGAGACCUACAAAGCCACUACUGCGAAAGCCGACUCUUCUACACACCCUUCUGACAUCAGCCAUGUAACAAUUAAGGGUGACGGUAUCUCUGUUACAGAAGAAUCAAACAGAAAAUACCACCAGGGCACAGCAACCGCUGGAGAGGGAAAGGGUGGCUUUAAAAUUGGGUCUGGAUCCACAGAGCAAGUCAGUGGCAAAGGCAAGAUGGAAAUGGAUGAACCUAAAUUUAACCUGGCAUCUCAAGUCACAGAAUUGAGUCUCAAGUUGGAGUUGGCAGAGAGCGUGCUGAGGAAAGAGAAGGAACGGGAGUUAGAGGUGACCACUGCUAGUAGUCAGCUGAGAGAGAAAGCAUCCAAACUUUUAGGGCAGAUAAAAGAUUUGUCGCAGAGCUACAGUGCACAGGUGAUGCAGCUGAUUGAAGAGGAGCUAGGUCCAGGCGAGGCCAGUGUAGGCAGUCGAGUCAGUCAAGCUUCUGAGCUGACUAAGCAGCUGAGGCAAGCUAUGCUCAGGUCUGAGUCGCUUCUGACAGAAGACGACGAGACUGCAUUUAGCGACGAGCUUCGGACUCUACAGCCACGCAUUGUAGAGUUAAUGGCCACUCCUGUGGGAGAUGAGGAAGACCACAUUGAAUCAAAUGUCAACCCUGUGCGAGCCUGUCAGAAGCUGGAAAACAUGAACGCUGAGCUGAGGGAACGAUUUGGAGAGAUUCAGCGCUCCCUUCGGAACACCCUCAACCCUUCAGAGGUGACCUUUGACCCAGAAACAGCCCACCCCAACCUGGUCCUCUCAGAGGACUUGAAGACAGUGACUUUCAUCGCCGCCAAACAGCCCUAUCCCUCCUCUCCUAAGAGGUUCACCAGCUUCUUCCAGGUCCUCAGCACCCAGAGCUUCUAUGAAGGUGAUCACUGCUGGGAGGUGGAGCUCGAAGGUUCUCCGUGGAUCAUUGGCGUGUGUUACAGUGGGAAGCUGCCACGUAGCGGCUUGCCCUCUGCUCUCGAAAGUAGCCGGAGCUCCUGGUGUCUGAUGUGGUUCAACAACCUGCUCACAGCCUUUGAGCAGAGUCACGAUGUGCCGCUGAAGAGGACCACAGUGUCACGCAGGCUGGAAAUCAGACUGAGUUUCAAGACCCAGAGGCUGAGCUUCUACAACGUCAGCCCCAUCAGCGGGAAGACUCAUGUGUACACAUUUAAGGCUAACCUGACUGAACCAGUGCACCUGGCCUACAGGAUGAUGUCAGGGCACCCCAAAGCACGUGCCACUAUUUAUUCGUAACUAUUAACUAUAUAUCCUUAGCAAAUGUGCUGCAUAGUAGAAAGAGCAACAAAAAAGAUAAUGUGAGAUGAAUUUUAAGUAUUUAAUUGUGUCUCAAUAGAAGACGCAGACUGAUUUCUCAGACAACUUGUUCCAAAGAGUUCAGGAAUUCUGAUGGCACUUCCUGAUCACCUUUAGCCCAUUUGGAUGCUUUGUGUGAUAAUAUAUUUAACUACUCAACAUAAAUCUGACACAGAUAUGGUGGUCAAAAUUAAGUGUCAAUAAAUGUCAUUAUUAUUAUUAGACCUAUUUACUUUAGGGUAAUGUACUAAUAUUGUAAAGGUUUGAAUAAAGCAAAAGGCAUCAACGUGGAAAAAUA